GAGAGAGAGAGAGAGAGAGAGAGAGACAGAGAGAGUGCAUGUGGAUGUUUUAAACGCUUAUAGUGGAAACUAGCAGGAAAGUAAUCAGUAAUCCAGGCGUGCAUGUGCGGGCAGAGAUGAAGCUCGUGCUGGUGCUCGUGCUGCUGUGUGCAUCCUCAGUGUACUGCCAGCAAAGAGGUCUCUUUCCAGCGAUUCUGAACUUGGCCAGCAAUUCUGAAAUCACCACCAAUGCCACAUGUGGGGACCCUGAUCCUGAGAUGUAUUGCAAGCUAGUGGAACAUGUUCCUGGCAGACGGAUCCGAAACCCCCAGUGCAGGACAUGUGAUGCUAACAGCACAAACCCUAAAGAACGACACCCCAUCACCUACUCAAUUGAUGGCACCAAUCAGUGGUGGCAGAGUCCCAGCAUCAAGAAUGGCCGUCAGUUCCACUGGGUCACCAUCACGCUUGAUUUACGACAGGUCUUCCAAGUCGCUUAUGUCAUCAUCAAGGCAGCGAACUCUCCUCGGCCUGGGAACUGGAUUCUAGAGAGGUCUUCGGACGGGGUCAUUUACCAGCCAUGGCAGUACUAUGCCAUCAGUGACACUGAGUGUCUGACCCGCUACAAUAUCACCCCGCGUCUUGGACCUCCCACCUACAAGAGAGAUAAUGAGGUCAUCUGUACCUCCUACUACUCCCGCCUGGUGCCUCUGGAACAUGGAGAGAUUCACACAUCUCUGAUAAACGGGCGCCCAGGUGCUGAUGACCUUUCUCCUGAGCUCCUCGAGUUCACCUCAGCCCGAUUCAUCCGCCUGCGUCUGCAGCGCAUCCGCACGCUCAACGCCGACCUCAUGACCCUGAGCUACCGUGAUCCCAAAGACGUGGACCCCAUUGUCACACGCAGGUAUUACUACUCAAUCAAGGACAUUUCAGUGGGCGGGAUGUGUAUAUGCUAUGGCCACGCCCAAAGCUGUCCGUGGGACCCCGUCACCAAGAAAAUGCAAUGUGUGUGUGAGCACAACACUUGCGGAGAGAGCUGUAAUGAGUGUUGUCCCGGCUACCACCAGGAACUGUGGCAACCAGGGACCAUAUCUGAAGGCAACACAUGCGAGAAAUGCAACUGUCACAACAAAGCAGAGGACUGUUACUACAACCAGACGGUGGCCGAGCUGAAGAUGAGCAUGGACACGCAUAACCAGUUUGUGGGAGGUGGUGUGUGUAUCGACUGUACGCAGAACACUGCAGGAAUUAACUGUGAAACUUGUGCUGAUGGUUACUACAGACCACACAAGGUGUCGCCCUAUGCAGACAAUCCCUGUGUGGAGUGUAACUGUGAUAUGAGAGGUUCAGUCAGCCAUGUCUGCGUUAAAGACGACAAGCAAGCUCACCCUGGUAAAGGUGUUUUUCCAGGUCAGUGUGCGUGUAAAGAAGGGUUCGCAGGAGAGAAGUGUGAUCGCUGUGCGUUUGGCUACAGAGACUUUCCUUUGUGUACACGCUGUGAGUGCAGCCUUGAAGGAAGCCUUAACAUCGACCCCUGCAGAGAGUGUAACUGCAAGAUCAAUGUGAUGGGGGCGAACUGUGACCUGUGUAAGCAGGGGUUCUACAACCUGCAGGCCAGUAACCCAGAGGGCUGCACUGAAUGUUUCUGUUUCGGUGUCUCUGACGUGUGUGAAAGCUCCAUCUGGACCACUUCUCUGGUAGUAAACAGAGAUGGUUGGCUUCGUCCCUCUACACACAGCUCCUCAGUCUACACAGCCCCGAUUAUAGAGGACAACCUUAUCAUCUCUGAUAAUGCUAGUGCUGCUAGGAGCUACCACUCUGUGUUUACCUGGACUGCUCCAGAAGCCUUUCUCAGCAACAAGCUGACUGCGUAUGGAAACUUCCUAAACUUCAGCGUGGCUUAUGAUGUCUCAGUUGACAAUAAUGUGGACAAAACUCUCCCGGCACAUUUCGAUGUGAUUAUUGAGGGAAACGGGAAGGCACUGCGCCAGCUUCUACCCACACGUCUAUUCCUGAAUCCCCAUAGAGAGCAGCAGGUGGCACUGGGGCUUCUGCCACAUGCUUUCAUAGAUAUGCACACAGAGCGAAGGGUGCAGCGAGACGAGCUGAUGAGUGUUCUGGCAGACUUGGCCAGUCUCAGAAUCAGAGCUCACCUAAACACCAGUGUGGACGGAGUGUUCAGGCUGAGCACUGUGCACAUGGCUAUAGCUGAUCCCACCUCCAUAAGCUCUGACAUAUCUCCAGAUGUAGAGCAGUGUGAGUGCCCCUGGGGGUACUCCGGGACAUCCUGUGAGACCUGUAUUUCUGGGUUUUACCGAGUUGGAGGCAUCCUGUUCGGAGGGAAUUGUCUGCAGUGUGAAUGUAAUGAUCAUGCCACCGAGUGUGACAUCAACGGAGUGUGUCUGGACUGCUCUCACAAAACUAUAGGACCUCACUGUGACCAGUGCCUUCCAGGUUACUAUGGUGACCCCACAGACGGCACAGAGGAAGACUGUCAGCGAUGUGCCUGCCCGCUGACACUGGCGUCCAACAACUUUAGUCCCACUUGUACUUUACGAGGUCCUGGAGAGAUCACGUGUGACCAGUGUGAGCAAGGAUACACAGGGGCCAAGUGUGAGAGGUGUGCUAAUGGUUAUUAUGGCACCCCUACCAUCCCUGGUCAGAAAUGUUCACCGUGUGAGUGUAACGGGAACGUGGACCCAUCUGAGCCAGGCUACUGUGACUCUAUUACUGGCGAAUGUUUAAAAUGUGCGAGACACACUGCGGGCCGACACUGUGAACGCUGCGAGGAUGGAUACUACGGUGAUGCUAUUAUAGCUAAGAACUGCCGGGCCUGUGGCUGCCACUCGAACAGCUCCAUUUCCAGUGUAUGUAACAUAAUAACUGGCCAGUGCGAGUGUAAACCCAAUGUAGAAGGAGACAAAUGUGACCGCUGUCAGCUCGGUUUCUUCGGCAUUAACAGCGGCGAUGGAUGCAGGGAGUGCGAAUGCAACCAGUCGGGAUCAGUAUCAAAAGCAUGCGAUGAAGAUGGGCAGUGCCAGUGUACCAUUGGCGUAGCAGGCGGUAAAUGUGAACGCUGCCAGCACGGCCACUACAAUUUCACAGACAACGGCUGCACACCUUGCGAUUGUGCUCACACACACGGCAACUGCAAUGCUGUAACGGGCGAGUGUAUCUGCCCACCAAACACCAGAGGAGAGAAAUGUGAAUUAUGUGAUGAUGAUCACUGGGGUCAUGAUGGAGAGACUGGAUGCGAGCCAUGUGAAUGCAACACAGCCGGUUCAAACUCGUCUCAUUGUGACCUACUCAGUGGCCAGUGUGUGUGUAGGCCGCACUUUACCUCUCAGAAAUGUGACCGUUGCACUCUAGGCUUCAGGAAUUUCCCAGAAUGCACGGCGUGCAACUGCGACGCUGACGGCACCCAUGAGGAGUUUUGUGAUACAGAACUGGGAGUGUGUGGAUGUGAGAACGACGGACGGUGUGUGUGCAAGGAGAAUGUAGGUGGAGGAGGUUGUGAUGAAUGUAAGACUGGGACAUUUGGCCUGUGGAAGCAGAAUCCAGCUGGAUGCAGCCCCUGCUUCUGUUUUGGGGUCUCCUCUGUCUGUGAGGAGCUCGGUGGACUGGUCAGAGUGCAAAUCACAGUGGGUCCUUUGACCGAGCGUCUACAUGUAGUGAGCCAGAAUGACCUGCAGGGGACACUACAGGGUGUCUAUCAUGCUCAAGGUGAAAUUCUGCUAGAUGUGGCUCAGCUCCAGACUGAAUCAACAACUCUCACCGGACCGUAUUAUUGGCGACUGCCCCAACCUUUUCAGGGCAGCAAGCUGCUGUCAUAUGGAGGUGAAUUAUCAUAUACUGUAGCCUUUGCUGCUAUGGAUGGAUCAGGUCUGUCCAAUCAUGAGCCUCAAGUGCUGAUGAGGGGAGGACACCUGAGGAAGCUGGUGAUUUACACUGACAUGCCUGCUCCAGAAAGCGGCAUUCGCACCACACAUCAUGUCCCUCUCACAGAGCACAAGUGGAGGUACUUCAAUGCAGUGUCUGAGAAAGCUGUGAGUCACGAAGACUUCAUGUCUGUCUUGAGUAAUGUGGAGUACAUCAUUAUUAAAGCCUCAUAUGGGACAGGACUCCGGCAAUCCAGGAUCUCUAAUAUCUCUCUUGAGACAGCAGUAGAUGUGGAUGAAGCUCCUGAGGGCAUGAGGGUGGCCAGGCUGGUGGAGAUGUGUGAAUGCCCUCCAGGUUAUGCAGGCCUGUCCUGUCAGGAAUGUGCUCCUGGUUACUAUAGGCAGCAAGUUUCUGAGCUCAACAUGAAGGGGAAAAAUAUGCCAUUGAUUCAGCCCUGUGUGCCCUGCCAAUGUAAUAACCAUAGCUUGUCAUGUGACCUGGACACGGGCGAGUGCCUGGGCUGUCAACACCACACAGCUGGAGAUCACUGUAAUAUAUGUGCCCCAGGAUAUUAUGGGCAGGUGAAGGGCUCUAUCAGUGACUGCUCACUUUGUGCAUGUCCACUGCAAACUAACAGUUUCAGCCCCACGUGUGUAUUGGAUGGAGUCGGUGAUUUCCUCUGUAAUGCCUGUAAGCCUGGAUACGAGGGACGCUACUGCGAACGGUGUUCAUUAGGUUACUAUGGCAACCCCUCACAGCCAGCUGGAAAGUGCGAGGAGUGUGUGUGCAGCAAGAACGGUUCGCUGCACAACAUGUGUGAGGCACAAACAGGGAGGUGUGAGUGCAAGACCGGGUUCAGGGGUCAUCUGUGUGAUCAGUGUGAAGACAGGCACAUCCUCAUUGACGACCAGUGUGUGUCAUGCAAUGAUGAAUGCACUGGGGUGUUGCUGGAUGAUGUUGAUGCGAUAGAGGCCUCGAUACAGUCCUUGAACCUCAGUGGUGUCAUCCUGGCUCCAUACAGCCUGCUGCUCAAUCUGGAGAACCUGACCCAAGACCUUCAGACCAAGUUGUCAACGGAGCAGAACUCAAGCUAUCAGUUGAGCAGGAGAGAUGAAGAUGUAACACAUCUCAUUAAACAAGUGGAUCAUCUGCAUCAAAAGUCGAUGAAAGUAUCAGCUUUUGGUGAAGAUGUGUUGUUGGCUUUUGAGAAGAGUGUUCAUCAAGGAAAAGGUCUUCUUGACCUGAUUUCCAGCAUUCACACUGCCAUCCAAGUUGUGAAAGAGGAAGUGAGCAAUCUCAAUGAGACAGCCAGAGAGGUGAUGGAAGAAGGACACACUGCUGCUCUUUUGACACAGAUGGAGGCCAUGUUGGAGAAUAUCAGAGCUAUCGACUUUGUCAGCAGCAACAACGCUGCUGUAGAAGAACUCAACACUGCAGCAGCGCUGCUCGACAGUGUGCAAAAUGCAAUAGUGGAGCCCUCCGAUCAAACUGAGAAUCUGAAGCACAACAUUUCCACUGACCUAGCCAGACAUCACCAGCAUCUCCAGGAUGUCCAGGAGCUCCUCAACAUAGCCAAGAAUCACAAUAAUUACACAGAACAUCUUCUGAUAGAUAUCCACAACAAUCUGGAGGAGUACACGACAUUGAGGUAUAAUGUGAGCAGUCUGAAUCAGUCAGUGGAGGCCCAUCUGGAGGAUGCACAGGAUUGUUUGAGUGAUGCACUCAACAUGGCUGAAGACAUGCGCAAUCUCACAGCGAGGGUGGAGGAGACUAAGGAGGAGCUGCUGCAGUGGAGUCCCACUGUAAGGAAACAUGUGGACACACUAGUGAUGGAGCUGACUAAAAAAGAUACAUUACAGCUAGUGUACAGAGCAGAGGACCAUGCCCAAGCUCUCAUGACAGAGGCACAGACAAUCUAUAGUACUUUGUCUGGCAUUAGUGAAGCAUCGCUGAAUGCCACCACCACUUUUCACGGUAUCUCUGACAUCAGUUCUGACAUCCAGCAGGCUGAAGAUAUGGCGUUUUUAGUCCAUCAGAAUGCUAGUUAUGUGCUUAACCUGACUCUACAUUCAAAUGAGUCCUUAACUGAAUUGGGCAAACAGGCCUUACAAAGAAGCCUGAAGAUUCUAAAUGAAAGUUCUGAUUUAAACAACUACACCGAAGGACUGGUCCUGAAUGUCAGUGCUGUAAAUAACAAGCUCAGCGUAGUCAACGUGAGCAUGUACAACAUCUCCCAACUUCUCCCAGAGGCUCGAAUCAAACUGGAAGGUCUGCCUAGUGGAAAUAGAGAACAGGUUCUGGCAGCAACGCAACAAGCUGCCAAAGCAAAUGCCUCAAUACAGAAUGCUCUUGUGCAUUUGGAGGGUUACCGCGUAAAGCUUGAGGCAUCAUCUUUCGCUGUGAGCUCAGCCAACAGCAGCGCCGGCACUGUUAAUGCGAUGGUUAAAGAUUCUGAGGCCACUGCCAGCGCGGCUGAAUCUAAGCUAAAAGAGGCUCAGUUGCGGACAGAGAGACUUUUCGAGAGGUUGCAACCUUUGAAGUUGCUCGGAGAGAACUUGAGCAGGAACCUGUCGGAGAUAAAGGAGAUGAUCGACCAAGCCCGAAAGCAAGCAGCCUCGAUCAAAGUUGCAGUAUCAGCAGCCCGGGAUUGUGUGCGUGCAUACAAACCAGAAAUCACCUCCAGCAAUUUCAACACACUCACCCUUACAGUAAAAACGACUGAACCAGACAACCUGCUCUUCUACAUGGGCAGCAGCUCCAGUGUGGAUUUCAUGGCUCUUGAGAUGAAGCAUGGAAAAGUGGCCUUUUUGUGGGAUUCAGGCUCAGGUCAUACAAGACUAGAGUACCCCAACAUUCAGAUAAACAACAACAAAUGGCACAGGAUUAAUGCUACUCGAUUUGGAAGGCAAGGCUCCCUUACUGUUCAGCUGUUAGACUCAGAGCCAAUGUCCUCAGUGAAGACCACAGCACCAGGUUCCACCACAGUCAUGGAAGUCACCAAGUCCACAUGGGUGUUUGUGGGAGGCCUGGGUCAACAGGUUAAGAAAUCUUCAGCAGUGAAGAUGAUUCACUUUACAGGAUGUAUUGGAGAAGCAUCUCUGAAUGAGAAGAACAUUGGGCUCUGGAACUAUGCUGAAAGGGAAGGAAGCUGUGGUGGUUGCUUCAUGAGGCCGCAGACAGAGGAGACAUCUUUCAACUUUGACGGAACUGGAUAUUCAGUUGUAGAGAAGUCUCUGCGGCCAAUAUCCACAAGCAUUGUCAUGUUUUUCAAAACUCUCUCACCUAAUGGCCUGCUGCUCUAUCUGGCCUCUAAUGGCACUAGAGACUUUUUGUCUAUUGAACUGGUAGAAGGCAAAGUGCACCUGACCUUUGAACUGGGCUCUGGCCCACUCACACUGACCUCCUCAAAAGUGUACAAUACAGGAGUGUGGUACAAAAUUGCACUGCAACGCAACAAACGCAAGGGUUAUUUAUCCAUAAUGACUGCUGACAAUCCGUCAGAGAGAGAGGUCAAGGAGGCAGAAUCUCCAGGAACUGCCUCAGAUCUAAACCGCUCAGAUCUGGACCCUAUCUACAUUGGUGGGCUGCCAGCAUCCAGGCCAAUCAGGAGGCAGGUUGUUGCACGCUCAUAUGUGGGCUGCAUUAAGAAUGUUGAAAUUGCACGCACAAACUUUGACCUACUGAGAGACGCCUAUGGUGUGAAGAAAGGCUGUGUCCUAAAGCCUAUCCGCAGUGUGUCUGUGCUGGGUGGAGGGUAUGUACAGAUGCCUGAAGUCACUGUUGGUCCUCAGAGCGAACUCAUGAGCAGCUUCUCCAGCAGAAACAGCAGUGGACUUAUCCUGGCAGGAUUCAGCUCAACCAGCAUCCAUAAACGCAGACACACACAGCAGCCUUUCCUGGCUGUGAUGCUGGUGUCAGGCAGAGUAGAAGUCCACGUGAGCACGGCAGAGGGAGGAGCCCUGCACAAAGCCGUUUUCAAAUCCCAAAACGGCACAUUCAGUGAUGGACAGGAGCAUUCCAUCAUCCUGCAGAGGAACAAAAGGACAUUGACGGUGUAUGUGGAUGAGGACCAGCAGGAGACAUUAAAGCUGGGUUUAGCUGCAGAGAAAUUACUUACUCUGAGUCAUUUCUAUAUCGGAGGCGUUCCUCCAGGAGAGGUCACUGGAGCGCUCGACUUCACUACGCCGUUCUACGGCUGCAUCAGGAACAUUGCUGUGGAUACCAUGUUGUUAGACCUUUCAGGGGCAGUAAAGUAUGAGGGAGUGGACAUGGACAGCUGCCUGUUGGAGGAGCGUCCGAAACGCCUGCUUCUGCCAGACGAAGGUGACGUGCAGCUAGAGCCCACUGCUGGCCCAGACCAGGGACCCCUGUCAUCUCCCAGUGAACUCGGUGCUGUUACACCUGGAGCCACCACUUGCGCUGCUGCAGACAACACAGGAACUAUCCCGGAUGCACAUCAGCUUGGACUCUCCAAAAAUAGUCACAUGAUGGUCACCUUCAAGAAUAAAACAGUCAGGUCGAGUUUCACAGUUGAGCUGUCAAUCCGAACACUGGCUCACAGCGGAAUCUUGUACUACAUGGCUAACGCUAAUCAGCAAGAUUACGCAGUGCUGCAGCUGCUAGGAGGUCGACUGAUGUUCUCUUGCGACCUGGGUAAAGGAUCUGCCAUCACCACAUCACCCACACACAUCAACGAUGGACAGUGGCACACAGUGAGGACCAACUUCACUAAAAAGAACAUACUGAUCAGUGUUGAUGGAGCUGAGUCGGAGCGAACAGCCAUUAAAGGCCAGAGUCUGGACGUGGAAGGGAAGCUCUAUGUAGGCGGCUUGCCGACAGGAUACACAGCCAAGAGGAUCGGAAACGUGACCCACAGUGUAGCGGGCUGUGUGCAGAAGGUCAAGCUGAACAACGCUGAACUGAACUUGAACACUGCAGCUGCAACUCACGACACCGGCUCCUGCUUCAGCUCGGUGCAAGAAGGCACCUUCUUCAACGGCUCAGGAUACGCUGCUUUCAUGAAAGAGGGGUAUUACGUGGGCUCUGACGUGACCGUGAGCUUGGAGUUUCGUUCCACGGCGCUGGACGGGGUUCUCCUGGGAGUGAGCAGCGCCAGAGUGGACGCCAUCGGACUCGAGCUCAUCAACGGACAGGUGGUGUUCAAUGUGAACAACGGUGCUGGACGCUUCUCAGCCGUGUCCAGGAGCAGGUCAUUGCUGUGUGACGGCCGCUGGCACACUCUGGUGGCCAGGAAACUGAAGCACAGCCUGAGUCUGACUGUGGACGGAGUGACCGUGAGCGCAGAGAACCCUCACUCUUCCUCCACAUCGGCCGAGACCAAGAAUCCGAUCUACGUUGGAGGAUUUCAGGCUAACGUAAAGCAGAGCUGUCUGAGCAGCGGGACAUCGUUUCGGGGCUGCAUGAGAAACCUGCGCCUCUCCAAAGGUCAUAUGAUAGACGUGUUAGAUUUCAACUCCGCCUUCACUCGGCCCGGCGUCUCUCCUCAUUCCUGCCCUGCUCCUACAGCUGCCUGAAAAUUAGACUACGAGUUCCAUCACUCACUGUAGACUGUCUGUGUGGAAAAUCCAUUCAUUCCAGUUAUUUCAAUGAAACUGGUGUCAAAUUAUUUUUAUUAUUUGAGAAAUGUAAAAAUAAAGUGUCUCAGGAAACUAAUACCUUUUUUUUUUAUGAAGCACACUUCCAUCCAAGAUUAUUAAAAGAACUUACUCUGAGAAACUCCUGCUCUUUCACUUCCUAACACAUUUGUUUUGUUUUUUAUAAAUCCUCCUUUCAGUGAGGAUUAAUGAUUACAGUCCAGACUUCCUUCACAGCUGCUCUUUCCUGUUAGUGUAGCAAGUAUGAGAUUAAAAACUGCUUUUAAUUAGGAUUUUAAGGCAUUUUUUUCCUCACCUGCUAAAAAGUGGAUAAAUGAGGCUCAAGCUAGAUGUUUAAAAACCUGUCAAAUACUGUUUUGUGUUUUUUUUUUUCAAAAUCUUGCAAGAAUUCUUGGAAAAUUUAUAUUUUUAAAUCAGCUGUUAGGCCAUCUGCAUUCUUAAAUGUGAUUGGCUAAAAGGUAUUUUAGGUAUCUUUAACAAUAUUUAUAUGAAUGUUAUAUGAUUUUAGUGUUUCUUAUAUGGUGAACCUUUAUAUAAAAUGAUUACAAUAUUUUGGGUUAUUGGAUACGUUUUCUGUAAGAAGGUGUAUGUUUAUCGUUUUUUGGAAAAUGAACAGUUUCAGGGUUUAAAUGUUUUGAAACGGUAAAAAUUCUGUGCGCUUUCUUGACCUUGUAUAACAGACUGCCUU